AUAACAUUAGAUUAGUCUUGGCAUGUAACAAACAGCAAGGCUAGGUGCUGUGUGUUUACACUACUACACUGGUUUUGACACUUCACACUUAAUUUAAAGGAACUUGUUUUUGAAGAGCUUACAACAAUGCCUUUUUAUCCAGAAGUUACAGGAUGUAUAGUCCCUGAAGAGGAGUGAAUAUGCAAGGAAAUGAUAAUGACUGGAAUACUGUAUGUCUAGCACUUAACAUCAUGAACUGAAACAUUACAUCUAUGGUUGAUCAGUUGGAGAAAAGUGCAGGGUGUACAGGAAAUUCACUUCUUAACUUGGUCGUACCUUACCCAUCCACCACCAGCCCUCACCAAACAGCCUCAUGUGUCAGUCUUCAGACAAUAGCUUACUCACCAAUGAUGUGCUGGUGUCUGCUUAACGGUGCAACAACUGAAUAAGCUUGAAUAUUUUAAGAUGGAGCUAGACAAAGAAGAUGAUGCAGCCUCUCAGAAUGUGGAAGAACAAGAAGAAAAUGGAAAUGCACAUGAUGGUAUUACUGAAGAUGGCACAAUAGUUCUUAAUUUAUCUGAUGAGUGUUCAAUUGAAGAAGAGGUGCGUUUAUUCAUGCAGUCUCAGAAAAAGGUUGAACCUAAACGUCGGGCAGAAAUUACAUGGAAACGUAAGGUAGAAAUUUUAAAAGAAAUUGAGAAAUUACCUGGUAAAAUAUCUCACAGAGAAAUGGCAGUUCAUUUUGGGAUACCUCGCAAUACUCUUUUUAAUAUUCUGCGUGCAAGAGAUCGGAUUAUUGAGGCAUAUAAACGCAAUCCAAAUGGAAGAAGAAAAAGAUUAAGAUCAGGAAAAGCUCCUCAUGUUGAACAUGCAUUGUAUCAGUGGUAUAAAACUGCUAAAAAACAGAAGUUAGCCCUUUCAAAUAUUGUUUUGUUUGAAAAAGCCAGAGACCUCGCUGUUUCCCAAGGAAGCUAUAGUUUUAGACCAACUACUGGAUGGUUAGAGAGAUGGAAGAAACGGCAUAAUAUAACUUUUUCAGUUGAAGGAACGGGUGAAGGUGAUAAUGAAAAUGGUUGUGGUGAUGUUGAAGAAAGUGAUUCUGAAAAAGCAAUUGAUACAAGUGAUAUUAAAGAUGAAGAUGAUGAUCACGAAAUGGAAGAUGAUCAGGGCUCAGAACUAGAUGAUGAUGAUGAUGAUACUGCAUCACCUACAGCUCAGGAUAUUGGUAGCCUAUUACAAAUCAGCCUUCAGGAAACUGAUGACUUUGUGCGUCGAUCAGGAAAAGGAAUCAAAAGACGAACUUUAACAUUAAGGCAGAAAUUUGAAAUAGUGAAGGCAGUGGAGAGUCUACCUAUGAAGUGGAGCUUACGGGACAUGGCAUCUUUCUUUGAGGUACCCAAAACCACAAUGCUUCAUAUGAUGAAGAACAGGGACCUCAUUAUUAAGAAUUAUGUUAAUAGCCCUGAUAAAGAACGAAGACGGAACAAAAAGGGUAAAGCGCCUGAUAUUGAAGAUGCACUUUAUGUAUGGUACUUAAAAGUUAAAGAGAAAAAUUUACCUAUUACUGCUGGUAUAUUAAGGAAGAAGGCAAAAGCUAUUGCUUUGUCUCUUGGAAAACCAGAGUUUGUACCAACAGAAGGGUGGUUUGCUCGCUGGAAGAAACGGAAUAAUGUUACUUGUGGUCGUCCCAAACAGUAUGAUGGAACCGAGACACAAAAAGUGCAUCCAUCAGAAUAUGAUGAUGGUGAUAUGCAGUUAUUCCACACAGCAUAUGAAAAAGAGACUCGUACUUCUCUUUCACUAAGACAGAAAGUAGAAAUAAUCCAUCAGAUGGAAGCUGAACCUAAUGUUAAAUUAAGGGAGUGGGUUGAUAUGUAUAAUGUAUCCAAGUCUACACUCAGCAUAAUAAAGAAAAAUAAAGAAACAAUUCUUAAAGCAUUUUAUGGUGACCCAUCGGCAGAUCGGAAACGCAUGAGAAAAGGGUCGGCCUCGGAAGUAGAGGAAGCACUCUUUAAGUGGUACAAUGAAGUAAAAGAUCAGAAUGUCCCCCUAACAGGCCCCAUUCUUCGCCAGAAAGCCAAAGAGCUGGCAGAUAUAAUGGGAAAAGUUGACUUUAUCCCAACUUCUACCUGGUUGGACACUUGGAAGAGAAAACAUGGUUUAAGUGAGAACAAGGAGGUUCAGCAGCACACACCAACAAACCUUAACCAAAAUAGUGUUCAACCUUCCAAUGAAAACAAACAGCAAAAUCGCUUUCAGUUUAACACAGAACACCACAAUUCUGGCAACCACAUGGGUGUUAUGCAAAAUCCACCAGUUGUUCCUAAUACAAUGAAACCACCAGGAAAUCCUCAGACUAUGAAUAAUGCAUACCCAAGAGAUAUGUUUGGAUUUCCAGUUCCACCCUCGACACAGGAAGCCGUCAGCAAUUAUGAUGGUUUCCUCAGAGGCCCUGUGAACCCUUCAGAGGCAGUGGUCCAAGCUGGAACCAAUGUGGGACCACCUGGAGGGGGAGGUGGAGGAGGUCAACAGUUUUCUUCAGUUGCAGCUGCAAACAAAUUUUUAGGAUCACAUAUAUAUGGCUCCGAUCUCUCAGGUGGCAGAGAGAUGUUUGCCGGAAAUACCAUGAAUCGUGGGGUAAUCACAAGCUCCCGCGAUCAUACAGUAUCUGCACCCACACCUUCACAAGGAAACUAUUCUUCUGCAGAACGAAUUUUACAGCAAUAUAAAAUGGACAAUCAUCAACCAAAUAAUUUCCUACCUGCCCCAGAUGUAGUGACUGAAGGCUCUGUCCGUCGUGCCAUGAUGGAAAUUCGGAGGUACCUGGAACAGUCUCCAUACUCAGUAGAUUGGUCAGUUGUACACAACUUUGAAAUGGUACUUCAUACCAACAUUGCUGCAAGAAAUCAUUUGCCCCUGUAAAUAACAAUGUAAAAAUGUAAUGAGAUAAUUAUAUUUUGAAUUUGAGUGGUAUGCUGGCUGUGUUCAUAACAUGGAAAUAAUUCUGAUUAGGGCCUUGAAAUGCACAUAAAUGAGGUCUUACCAUAAUUAGACCUGGAUAAUUCAUAAUGAAUUUAAAUUAAUUUAUACAAGUACAGGGGGUAUUUAAAACACAAAAGCAGAUAAUUAUUGAAUUUUGUAUUUCUUCACAAUUAAAUAUUUCCAUCAUUUGGAAAUAGCUACCGGGGGUAAUUUAUUUUUUUACUCUUGAAACUGAAAAGGGUUGUUUUAAAAAAAAAAUUGUAUAAAGUGUACCAAUGAAGCUAAAACUUUGGGAAUCCUUUUUGCUAGAAGAAAGUGGCAUUCCUUAUUUUUUAGUACCCGGUAACACUGUGCUCAGUCAUGUUUUUGUAAAUGUUGUUAUUAUUGUACAUAGUUUUUUAAUAGAUUAAAGCUAUCACCAAGUAA